AUGGCGUGCCUCGAGCUGCUCUCGGAGCUCUUAUCCCUCGAUUGGGUUCGGUACUCUGGAGGUACGGCGCGCCUCAAGCUGCUCUCGGAGCUCUUCUCCCUCGAUUGGGUUCGGUACUCUGGAGGUACGGCGCGCCUCAAGCUGCUCUCGGAGCUCUUCUCCCUCGAUUGGGUUCGGUACUCUGGAGGUACGGCGCGCCUCAAGCUGCUCUCGGAGCUCUUCUCCCUCGAUUGGGUUCGGUACUCUGGAGGCUGCUUCUACCACAUGGUCUCCGACUUUGAGUCGGCACGCCGCUACUUUUCAAAGGCAACCACCCUCAACCACCGCUUCGCUCCGGCCUGGGUCGGCUUCGGCCACGCGUUUGCGGCGCAGGACGAGUCGGACCAGGCGAUCGCCGCCUACCGCACCGCCCACGGGAGCGAACCCACACUGGGUUCGGUACUCUGGAGUGUGGGUUCAGUCCCGUGGGAGGUGUGGUAG